UUUAAAAUUAGCAUCUGCAUUUCAAUUACUUUUUGCCUGAAAGUCUGAUUAAAAAUAUCCUAUCUAAAAUAAGCUUUUACCACUUGCAAAUAUGCAAUUCAGUGACCAGUAUGUUGUAUUAUUAAUCUUGGGAUCACCUCUAGUUAGUCUUUGUAUCCAAAUAUUUCCCAAAAGGAGGUGACUUCAUCACAGUAUUUGGGCAUGUUCCUUUUGCAGAUGUGUCAGCCUGUUUUGGAAACAUUCCUUAAAGUCAGAAUUAUAAAAGGGCAGCAUGUAGAGCUGUAUAUGUACUGUAUACAGUACUUUCCUACUGAAGCUCCUCAUGUUCCCAUAAAAUCAUGUUCCAGAGAAAUCUCUGUAAUAGAACUUGAUGCAGUGUAAACAGAUGCAGGUAGAAGAGAAAAUGUUAUCCAUGUAUAUGCAAAACAGAUUUUUGCCUAUGCAUGGGUUUCUGUCAUAUCUCAUUCAUAAUAUACAUUUGGUUGUGGGUUUGGAGUUCUGCAGGAAAUUCGUUUUCACUUGUUGAAAGAACUUUCUUCAGUAUCAAAAUAAUAGAAUUAAGGUUCUGUUUUUGUGAUUGAGAGCCAUCAUGGUAUAGUGGUUAAAUGGGGAAUUAACCACUAUACAGAGUAGGAUUGGGGAAACCCAGACCUGACUCCUCACUGUGCUAUUAAGAAGCUGGCUGGGUGAGCUUGGGCUAGUCACUUAGCUUCAACUACCUCAAGGGUUUGGUUGUGAGGAUAAAGCGAAAGAGGCAUGAACUACCUCUGGAAUCCCUUUUCAUCGUGAUAGGUGAGAAAAGUGGAGUGUAAAUAACAAAUAAUUUAUGUUAGUAUGCAUUACAUGACUUCUUCCUUGACCACGUCAAGGUUGCCUUCUGCAGCUAUAUACUUAUGUUUCUGUAAUAUUAGAGCUGUUUGUGGUUAAGCUUUGCUAGUAUAAAGCUCUACUUGGGGCUGAUUUAUCACAGAAACAAAAUCCUGCUUAUAAAUGGAAUAAUGUUCCUAUAUAUGGCAGGUAUGAUUGAUAUAGACCAUUACUGGUGUAACAAUGGAACAAAAUCUCUGUUCCAUAUGCUUUCUUCUGAAAAAAAGACAACAUUGCCUGUGCCAACUGUACAGGCAUCAUUUCACUAGAUAACCUAACGGCAGCAUAAAUCUGGUUCUGUUAAUUGAGGAGGCAAGAUGUUACAGUGACAAUUCUUGUCAGUUUUGUGUUUCUUUAUGCUUGUUGCUGUAUUGCACAAUGUGUUCAACAUGAGUAGUAAAAGUACCUUAAUUGAAUUCUUUUAACUAUGGUGAUAUUUUUUAUUUUUUUUUCAAAAAAAAUCAAAAAUACCCAUCAGCAUGCACUUCUUUUUCCUUCAGCUUGGGCAUUCUGGUUGGAGGGUUGGUUUUCAGAGUAGAUAUAAUAUCUAUAAUCCUUUUAGUACCUUGAUAACCAUAGAACCCUUACUGAGCUCUGGGAAAAGAUCUCUCAGUAUGAACAUGUUUGAUGUUCAUGAACUUUUCCUUACCUCCUGCUGCUGUUGGCCAAGAAUGAGAGCAUUAUUUAUGUGACCCUGGCUUGUAUCUGCUCCCUCCAUACCUCAGAUGAUAUUAUUUAUGCAUGCGAUCUCAUUUAACUGGAACAGAUACCAAUCUUCCUGUGCUUUAUUUUCUCAGUUAAUGUUCUCCUGGAAUUCAAAAGCAUUUGAAUUUCCUUGCUUACUUCCCCACCUACACUCCUACUGUUUGGUAGUUGCUGCUUGACACAGCUGUUGUUGCUUGCCUGCCUCUUUUAUCUGAAGUGAUGUGCUUGAGGGAAGAGGUUGCUAUGUCUGAUCUGAAUUAUUCCAUGUAUGCUGCUCAAGUGUAAAAAAGAAGGCCUUUCAGAAACUAACUGAGGUUGCCUUUAGUUGCCCUGUCACUUAGGAACUCUGACAUUGCUUGAGGGAAGAUUCUUUACAUUUCAAGACCAUUCUAUUUCAUUGGGAAUACACACCUCUGAGUGCAUUGCUGUUUCUGGAGCACCACGGAGAGAUUGUCAUGUCAGGCUGACAUGAGAUGCAGUGCUGAUUUAGAACUUAAUUGACACUUUGUAUUUCACCUGUUAUGCUUUGUCGGCUGGCACAGCAGCUCAUUUAACAAAGCGGUGCGAUUUAUUCAGAAUAACAUCCCAUUUAAAUUCAUAGUCCAUUUUUUUAACACCUCCCACUUUCCCUUUUUGUGUAGGAACAUUUCUUAUGACCAAAGCAAGUUGUUAUGCUUUGUGUUUGGCCCACAACGGAAAUUCACUUGAAUCUCUAUGUUAAGAGACUGCUUGACUUAUUUAGGGAAAAAGAAAGUAACUGCAUGUUUUCUCACAGUGGAUUAUCUUGACCUGAUUGUGCAUGAAGUAUAAUUGGGUUUUUUUGUUUAACAUUAGAUAAGCAUGAGACCGUCGAGGCACAGCUGCAUGUACACUCAUUCUUGAAGCAAUUGCACACUUUAUGGGCUGACAAUCUUGCCAUUUUUAGCAAAUAUAUAUACAUAUAAAGACACAGGGCAUCUGUAUUUGACUUGUCAAACAAACUUUUUUUGGGUGUCAUCUGAUGGAGCCUUCUGGUGGUGAACAGUUUUAUGAUGAACCUGACCUUGGAGGCAAGUUUCAAGAUCAAGAGGCCAAAAGGCAGCAUGAGUCAGAGCAAAAGUUGUCUAAAAUUACCCACAAUGCCUUGGAGAACAUUAAUGUGAUCAGUCAAGGUUUGAAGCACCUCUUCCAGCACCAGCGCAGGAGAUCCUCAGUGUCUCCACAUGAUGUGCAGCAAGCUCAGGUUGAUAUGGAGCCUGAAAUGGAAUUGGAAAGUCAAAGCACAUGUGCUGAAAUUGAUGGUGUGUCUACCCACCCUACAGCUCUAAACAGAGUUCUUCAGCAAAUCAGAGUGCCACCUAAAAUGAAGAGAGGAACGAGUUUGCAUAACAAGCGGGGAAAGUCAGAUCCUCCAAAGGGGAGCCCUCAGAUCAACAGGAAGUCUGCCCAGGAUAUUCAUGCAGGCCGACCCAGAUCCUCGUCAACUACUGAUGCUCCAACAAACUUAUCCGUGCUAGAGAUGGCAUCUCCCGUUUAUGCUGCUGGUGAAGAAGUUGCGUCAGCAGAGCGGAUCGAACGGUUAGAUGUCAGCAGCCUCGCACAAACGUCCAGUGCAGUGGCCUCCAGCACAGACUGCAGCCUCAACGCGGACUCUGUUGAUGGAACACCAGAUCCUCAGCGCACAAAAGUGGCCAUCACCCACCUGCAGCAGAAGAUACUGAAGCUGACGGAGCAAAUCAAAAUAGAGCAAACGGCUCGUGACGACAAUGUGGCAGAGUACCUGAAGUUAGCUAACAAUGCUGACAAGCAGCAGAGCGCUCGGAUCAAGCAGGUGUUUGAGAAGAAGAACCAGAAGUCAGCCCAGACGAUCCUCCAGCUGCAGAAAAAGUUAGAGCACUACCAUCGGAAGUUGCGAGAGAUUGAACAAAAUGGCAUCCCUCGACAGCCAAAAGAUGUCUUGAGGGAUAUGCAUCAGGGACUGAAGGAUGUGGGGGCAAGAGUCACUGGCUUCAGUGAAGGAGUGGUAGACAGCGUUAAGGGUGGACUUUCCAGUUUCUCCCAGGCAACGCAUUCAGCAGCAGGAGCUGUUGUAUCCAAACCUCGGGAGAUCGCCUCACUCAUUAGGAACAAGUUUGGAAGUGCAGACAAUAUAGCUAACCUGAAGGACUCUUUGGAAGAAGGUCAAGACGAUGGGACGGUGGGAAAGACUUUAGGUGUUCAUAACUUUCAAUCGAGCCCCAAAUAUGGCAGUGAGGAAGAUUGUUCCAGUGCCACCUCGGGCUCUGUGGGAGCCAAUAGCACCACGGGGGUCCCCAUGGGAGCGCCAAGCUCCAAAACAAACACUCUGGAUAUGCAGAGCUCAGGGUUUGAUGCAAUACUCCAUGAGAUUCAAGAGAUCAGAGAGAAUCAAGGGCGGCUGGAAGAAUCCUUUGAGACCCUCAAGGCUCUCUAUCAGAGGGAUUAUUCCUUGAUAAUGCAAGCUUUGCAGGAAGAAAGAUACAGAUGUGAACGGUUAGAAGAACAGCUGAAUGACCUGACUGAGCUCCACCAGAAUGAGAUCCUCAAUUUAAAGCAGGAAUUGGCCAGCAUGGAGGAAAAAAUAGCUUACCAGUCCUACGAGCGAGCCAGAGACAUUCAGGAGGCGCUGGAGGCGUGUCAGACCAGGAUCUCAAAGAUGGAACUGCAGCAACAGCAACAGCAAGUUGUCCAGUUGGAGGGCCUCGAAAACGCCACUGCCAGAAACCUCCUGGGCAAACUCAUCAACAUCCUCUUGGCCGUCAUGGCUGUUCUGUUGGUCUUUGUCUCCACCGUGGCUAACUGUGUAGUGCCCCUUAUGAAAACUCGCAGCAGGACGUUCAGCACUUUAUUUGUAGUGGUCUUCAUUGCCUUUUUGUGGAAGCACUGGGAUGCCCUUUCUGGCUACUUGGAACGAUUCUUUUCAGCCCCUAGAUGAUGUCAAGAGGAACUGGCUGUUGCCUCACCCACUCCAGUCUGCUCUGGCAAGUGAGCGCGGCAAAGCUGAGUCAGCAACUCCUUCGUCCACUGAAGUUUUAAAGUGUCAGAGUGUGAAUUUGUUUACAGUUAAAAUAACAUUUUCUCUCUAUGAGAUGCAUUGGCAAUAGUAUUUUUUAGAUUUUAUUCAAGAGCUCUUUUUGGCAAAAAUCCUGGAUAAUUUUUAUGUAGCAUGGUUCUCUUUGGAUGCAAAUCUUAAGAUUCCUUAAGUGUACAAAAUAAAAUAAAAAACACACACACCAAUUUGGAGCACACCAAUGGGCGGUUUAAAUUGUGGCUCGAACUACUGUACUAAACCUGUUGGAAAGAGGAGAAUACGGUUACAUAAAGCAUAACAAAGAUUAAUCUAGUGCACAGCCUUGUACAAUGGUACUGGAUGAUCCCAUAAUGCUACUGUGAAACCUGACCACAUUCCAUGUCCGAAUGUCUAGCUUCAGGGUGGCUUUCUCUAAUGGAAGACCCAAUACAAUGCGUGGAACUCCCUGGAUCACUUCCUGAGUUGGCCUCUUCUGCUAACCUGGCUGCCUCUUUUUCUCUGUAAGGCCUGCUAAACUGUUUGGCUAGGUAUAUGAAGUGGAUAAAUAAUACCAUACAGUAACUGCACAGUCGUUCUACAGUAUUUUGAAGUAGACCAUUAAAUACUUUACGCAAAAGCCCUUGGUUGCACUUUUAUGGUUUUUUAAAAUAUGUAUAGUCACAGAUUUAAAAAUCCAAAUGGCAUACUUGAAGAGUGUAAUACUCAAACUCUCAGUGCUUCCUUAUUGUUUCUAAUAGGAUUUUUUAUUGUUGUUGUUGUUAUUGGGGAUUGUUUUUUGAACUUAGGGGCUGGGCGGGGGUUGUCACUCCCUCUCCCUCUUUUUCCCUUAAAAAUAAAGAAGUGAUGUUCUUAAAUGAAGAAACGUAUGAAUAAGUGUGAGGUGUCAUGUCCUGAAACAGUUUUGAGGAGGGCAGGAAGUAGCUUCUCAUGACACCUGAUCAGAAGCGAUUUUUGUGUUAUCCUGCGCUUGUAGAUGCAGCAACUUGGGGGAAAAGAGAUCCUCUUUCUCCCCCCCUCAGUCUUCGCACAGGUUUUUUUCUUCUUCUUUUAUAGGGGUCAAGAAUUAAAGUUCUUAUCCUGGAUGUGUACCAUCCAGCCUCAGAAUAUUUUCUUGAGAAGUAAGGAUAUUCUUGUUUGUGUCACAGAGAUAAACAGUGACUUUUUUUCUUUUAAGCAACUGAGAGAGCGAGCUGAAAUUCUGUUAGGAGAAACUAAGUUGGUACUUGGGAGUUUCAGUCUAACUUCGUAACCUGUACGAUUUUAACUCUCCUGCAUGCCAAAGUUGAGGUUGCUGACUGGAUGUUGGCUACCUGGUAACUUAGGAUUAGUCAAGAAGUGACUCUGGACCUUUUAGGAAAGAGUAAAUGCUAAAGGACAUGUUAGGUCAAAAGUCUAAUUCCUUAGACACACCUGGAUUUAACUUAUUAUUCAAACUCCCCUAUAACUGAAACCAAAGUUGCCCUGUUAACUAAUCUGAAUAAUGUUCACUGUUGACAUGUUUGUGUUUUGCGCUCAUCUGUGCAUCUUGUGCCCAUACAGUAUAUUGCAGAUAGAGCCCCCUCACACACACACAUACAAACCCUCAAGUUGCAAUAUUUGGUGCAGCUUUACUCAGCUCUGGCUCAUACAUUACCCAGAAAUGAGGCAAAUCAGAAUCACCAAUGGCUUAUUUUGAUCCCCCCCCCCCCCGUUACUUAUCACACUUUCCUCCGUUUCUAACAUGCCAAGUAGACACUCCUCCAUCUUUUGUAGAUGGCUCCCACUGGGGCUCUCAAAUCUCACAAAGUCUGCAGUGCUCAUCCGCAUUUUAGAGAAUGGGGCUGGGAGAUGACAUGAGCCUCUUCUGCUUUUUGGUGACACACGAACUGACUCUAGGAUUGCAAGAAUAUUGGUAGUAUUUGCGUGUCUUUACUCAUAGUGUCCUGCCUUGAUAAUGGAUUUUUGUGUGUGUGCUGGUUUGUUUUUUGGUAAGCUAACAGGCUAUAUGUAUAAAUUCAGAAUUAGUUCUUAAUUCUGGCUGUUACCGCCAUGGAACAUUUAAAAAAAAAACCAACCCUGAUGGCUGGAAUUUAAUUAUCAUAAUCCACCUUUAGCCUGUGAUCCAUCUCAGAACCUAACAAUGCCCAAGUGACCUAAAAAUGUACAGUAAUGAGUCCAGGAACUCUUGUUGUUAUGAGGGCUUUAUUCUCUAGAAUGUUGGUGUUGCCAUCUCCUUUGUGCUGAUAAACAGGACUUUCUCUUUUGAUUGCUAACUGCCAGCAAUAGGAAAUCUUCCCUAUGUCCCCACGCAUGAUCCAAGCAAUCCAACAUAUCACUUCCAUAAUCACAGCUCUUUGAAUACUCAGGUUCCUCACACUGAAACCUUAUGCCUCAUUGUCACUGGGUGAAUAUCAGCUUGUUCUUGUAAGGACAUAAACUGUCAGUUUCAACACCCAAGCCAAAAAAGAAACUUUUGUGUUUCCGUAGACUUGCAGAUGGAGAAUGAAUACAUUAGCAUUCCUGGUACCAUUCAUCUUGACCAACCAUAGCAAGCCUUCAUUGAUCUGACACCCAUUUCCUAGUAGAACUCCAAGCACUGUCUUCCUUCUACUCCCUUUUUAUCAUGGUACCCUCAAACUAAACAAAAGGGAAGGCUUUGAUUGCUGUCUGAAGUGCUUCUUGAUGGGCCACUUCUGGAAAGCAAGUUCCUGGCACCAUCUUAAGGUGUCUGACUGGUUUAGUCCCACAACUCCAUUCUACUAAUGCUGGAGCUUCUUGUUCCAGUUCAAUGUUCUUUGUGCUGGGUGGAACGCUCCAUCAUUAGAGAAGAUGUAGCCUCACCAGUUGUGCUCACUGUAGUUGUAGAUAGGUGUAAUCCAUGACACAAACCAAUAUUUAUUAUAAAACCAUAUUGUGGUACUUGAUCUCAACACACAUCUGAAAGGACGCCCCAUAAAAAUAAUUUCUACACUCUUUGACCAACUGUUUACCAGAAAGGAAAUGAUCGGUAGAACCUUCCUCUCCAAAACUGUUCCGUUGAAGGCCUUUUAGACUGCAAUUGUGUCUUGAUCCUAAGUUAAACUGUUUGUGCUUUAUGUGAUAUUGCACCUAUCAGUUGCGUAUCCUAACAUGGCUCUUGUGUUUGUCAUUUUGCCUUCUUUGCUAGCAGGUUGUUCAGUUUCUGCCUCCUGUUGUGUGAAGGGUUGUGACUGCACCGAACUUCUUAACACAUGUUAAUUGUUUGAAAAUGUGACUCUAGCUUUAAAAUUUCCAUGCCCUGUGUAAGUGCUGUAUUCUUUCUCUGAAACAUGAAGCAUUCCUGGGUGGCUGUAUUUGACAAUGAGUGGUGUGAGUGUGUGUGUGUGUGUGGUUUUUUAAACUUUUAUUUUAACUGCUGUGGGCCUCUUCAACUUGUGGGAUUUGUUUUCUCAUACAAGAUUUUCUGUAAGAUGUUAAGUUCCUCACAUGUCAUAUGAUCAUAAAUAGGGUGAGAUGUUAAGUUCCUCACAUGUCAUAUGAUCAUAAAUCAGGAAAGAAUGUAGAGCAGGCUGCCUUGCUGAAAAGGGGGAAGUGAUAUGUUAACACAUUUUCCAAGGUUCGUAAAUAUUUUAGCCCUUUCUUGCUACUUGUCUAUUUUUUAAAAAUUCUAGAUAGCAUCUCUUCUGCCACUGCAAAAUGAUGCGGUGUGCUCGAUGACAUUAACUGAGAGUGUUCACAUCAGUUAUUUUGUUGGAAAAACCAAUCUGGUGGACACUUACAAAUCAGGUUUUGUUGUGGAAGUUGACCUAAGGGUCUUUCAGCUAUUGGAGAUGGGAAAGAGGGCCAUAAAAAGCAAAACUGCCCACCAUAAAACUGAAACCAGGUGAUGAGUGGGUGUUGAUCUUGGCCCGAUCACUUGCCAGUUCUAAGAGAGUUCUGAAUGUGGCUAGAGUUCUCUGUGUGUCUGUGUGUGUCUGUGUUGUGUAUGCCAGGUGGUAUCGUGCAUUAGUAGGCAACUGACAUAGCUGUAAGUGUGGGUUUUUUUUAAAAAAAGUAUAAAAUAAAAACUCACUUGCACGGGAUGAAGAGUACAGAAAUGACACUUGUGAACGUAACACUGUAGUUUAUAGAUCUUUAAGCUGCUAACUGUUGAGAGGGAUUGAGAUGUGUCUUGUCUGGUAGUCACAGGUUUGUCUGUGACUUAUACUGUAUAUAAAAUUAAAUAAAGACCUCAGAUAUUAA